AUGAGUUGUCCAAAAUUCUAUGUUGUGGCACGUGUUACGUCGAGGAAGGGGGCGCUUCCUAUUUGGAGGGAACGCAUCGCGAGUCUCGUCGAUGUAUCCGCUUCCGAGAAAAUGGGAGAUUCCUAUUACUGGGGCUACUCUCUCGACGGUGACGAGGACACGAUUAUGGGGUUAGAGGGAUACACGCACCCAGUCGGAUUCUUCAUGGGCCAUUUCGAGACGGAUGUUUUCAAGGCACAGAACAAAUUGAUUGAUAGGGAUGAGCUUCUGGCCACGCAGCAGGGACUGGAUAGUCCGGAUUAUGAUUUGCAUCAUUAUGAUGAAGCGGGUGGCUGGGUGAAGCGUGCGGAUGACCCAGAGAAAGAUUCGAAGACGAGUCAUCAGGCUGCGUUUCAAUUCUAUUCCAAGCCGGAAGACCGUGAUGAAGUGCUGCAGAAAUUGGUCGCGUUUGCGGACGGGUUGAAAGAAACUCAAGGCCCGACUGGACCGAUACAGAGUGCCCUCAUCCUCAAAGAAGUGAGAGUUCCUACGAUGGCGACAUUAUGGUUACGCACAGAAGACUUCAAAGCUUUUCAAUCAUCCGGCCCGCUUCCAAAGCUCCUUGAGGAUCUUAAACCGCUUACUACAGAACUUGUGCUGCGUCAAGCACAAUCUUGGGCUGGGCAUCUGGUGAUUAAACCUUGA